GUCAAAUCUGUUAUAGGAUUCAUCCCUCUUCGUUCAUCAUAACACAGCAAUAAGAACCUUUCUUUAAUCGAUUCAAAACCCUUCUAUUCAGUCAUGGCUUCUUCUCCUGUACCAGAAACCACCAAUAAUCAAGAAGUUACUGGGAGAUUUGUUCCGAAUGAACACGAUACUCUGCAGAGGCAUGUAGCAUUCUUCGACAGGAAUCACGAUGGCAUUGUUUAUCCUUGGGAGACCUUUCAAGGUUUUCGUGCAAUUGGCUGUGGCCUGUUCUUAUCCUCGUUCGCUGCUAUCUUCAUCAACGUCGGUCUCAGUCGGCAGACUCGCCCGGGAAAAUCGUUUUCUCUGCGGUUUCCGAUUGAAGUUAGAAACAUUCACAAAGCCAAGCAUGGCAGUGACUCAGGUGUAUAUGACACUGAAGGAAGGUUUGUUCCCUUAAAAUUUGAAGAGAUUUUCUCCAAACAUGCACAUAGUAAUGCCAAUGCUUUGACAGCAAAGGAACUGGAUGGGUUGCUCAAAGCCAAUAGGGAGCCAAAUGAUCGCAGAGGAUGGUUGGCUGCCUGGACUGAAUGGAAGAUCCUGUAUUUUCUUUGCAAGGACAAGAAUGGUUUACUGCACAAAGAAACCGUUAGAGCUGUUUAUGAUGGGAGCCUGUUCGAGCAAAUGGAGAAGGAAAGAUUAGCAGCAGCGGCCAAGAAGAAAGAUACCGUCUGAAUUAAAAUGGCAUACAGCUCCGGUCAGACAUUUGACUCUACUGAGUGGAUGAUGUACUUUCACCAGUUAAUUAUAUUGGUUUUGUGUGUUUGUAUAGAUGAACGAUGUAGUCUGUUAUGGUGUAAAUUGGUUCUUGUUCAUUGAUUGCAUUUUCAAUAAACGUGUAUAGGCCCCUGUAUAUUAUGGCCUCAGAUCUUUGUAUAGAUUCCAAGUUUGUGUGUUGAUACCCAGUUUGUAAUAGGAGUGUCGUGUACAGCUUGGUAGCAAUGGAUGUAAGUUGACACUACAAGUGACCUCACAAUUUGAAUUCUCCUUGAUCGUGAAAUAUCG